ACUCUUAGUCUGGCAUGCCAUUUCCAUGGCAAGAAAAUGUGACCUCAGACCAGGAGUAGAAAGAUAGAAAACGUGGAUUAAAUGCCAUCACAGCAAUCAUAUCCCCACAGCAAUGCAGGCUAGGCCUGGGGCACUAGUGGUCAAGUCCAACCAGUGAUUAUUCUAACUCAAGCUAAGUGCUCUUUAGAGCAGCCUUUCUCAAACUUUAACACACAUUCUAGUCACCUUGGGAAUCCUAUCAAAGUGUGAAAAAUGAUUUAGUAGUUCUGGGGUGAGACCCAAGAUUCUGCAUUUCUAACAACCUUUCUGGUAGUGCCAAUGCCACUUGUUCCCACAUCACAUUUUGAAGAGCCAGUUGCCUGAACCAUCAUCAUGUCCAAGCAGUGUAUACAAAUGAGCAUAUUUAUGGUCUUGGGGGAAGUACCAUUUGUACAGCAGCCGUGCUGAGCAUGCUAGCUCUGUGACCUUGGGAAAGUAUCUUUACCUUUCUGGGUCUCAUUUUCUUAUCUGCAAAAUUAUGAAUUUGGCCUGGGUGAUCUCCUGAGAUCGCUUUGGGUUGUCAAAUUUUUUGACUCACUGAUGGAAAAAAUGAUACUUUGGAACAGAGGUGUCCAAUCUUUUGGCUUCCCUAGGCCACCUUGGAAGAAGAAAAAUUGUCUUAGGUCACACAUAAAAUACACUAAUGAUAGCUGAUGAGCUUUUAAAAAUCUCAUAAUGCAGCACUGUUUACAAUAGCAAAGACCUGGAAUCAACCCAAAUGCCCAUUGAUAAUAGACUGGAUUGGAAAAAUGUGGCACAUAUACACCAUGGAAUAUUAUGCAGCAAUCAGAAAUGAUGAGUUUGUGUCGUUUGUAGGGACAUGGAUGAAUCUGGAGAACAUCAUCCUCAGCAAACUGACACAAGAACAAAAAAUGAAACACCGCAUAUUCUCACUCAUAGGUAAUUUAUUUCUUCCAAAUGCAGAACAUUGGCCUUCUCCACAAAGAAGAAGCAACAUUGAGUGGUGGACAACACUUUUUCGCAUCUCUCCAAUUCAGUUGUCAGCAUUUCCUAGUGUCUUCUUCAUAGCUAACAGCUUUGGCUACUUCCUCAUGAUGCUGCCUCUCUGAUCACAGAGCAAAACCACUGUCUGUUCAUUGGUUCCCAGUACUAGUAUUCAAUUCUACUCAAUCCCACCUGACUCCAGGAGAUAUAAUGGAGAAGUGCACAAUUCUUCAGGCAGAGAAUCUGAUUCUACAGCCUCAAAUGCAACAUUCAACUCUGGAUAACCUGGCUAAAAGGAGGCAAGUCAUGCCUGUCUUCGCCACCACAGUGAUACCUGUAUCCUACUGACUUGAGCAUCUCACCCAGUUUCAUGGUGACCCUGCCAAUCACUCAGAGUUGCUUCCUCAGAUGACUACCUACUUGACAGCCCUCCAGAUCUCUAAUCCUGCAAAUGAUGCCCAGAUCAAUCUCUUUAUUGAUUACCUGUUUCAGAAGUUAGAAAGUUGUGGGAUCAUAUCUGGGCCUGACAAGAGUACCUUAUUUAAGCAAUAUGAGAAUUUUAUUCUUGAGUUCCAGCAGUUACUUGGUGAACCCACAAAACAGGAAAUGAAUCCUUUAAUGAAUGCUAAGGUUGACAAAGGGGAUGACUCCUCUCAACAGGACCCUGCUACUUUCCAGCUCCUUGCUCAAAAUAUGAUCUGUAAUGAAACCAAUCAGAAUGGUCAGUUUGAAAAGGCACUAGCUGGUCCCAACCAGGAUGAAGAGAGUGUCACAGAUAUCACGGACAAUCUUCCAGACCUGAUCACUCAGUGCAUUCAGUUGGACAAGAAGCAUAGUGUCAGGCCAGAGCUCCUACAGUCAGAGACCCAGUUCCCAUUGUUGCCUUCUUUGAUCCAACACCAAGCUCUCGUUAGCCCCACAGAUCCACCACCCAAAAGAGGGCCUAUGCAGCUGCGAGAAGGCCAGCUGCCUCUCACCCCAGCCAAACGAGCCUACCAACAAGAAACUCAGUUGUGCCUCUACUGCAAUCAAUCUGGUCACUUCACAAGAGAUUGCCUUGCCAAACGUUCUCGAGCUCUAGCAAUGACAAACAACAGCUCAACAGUAAGAAGAGAUCAGGAAAGUCACUUUUAAAACUUAUAUCCCUCUCACUCCCAUCCUUACGAAUUUAUAUCCUGCAUUAACUUUUAAAAUACAAAUGGAGAACUGUGAUACCACUUUAUCAGCAGUUAUGAACUAAAAUGCUUUGAAGAAUUUAAACAAUCAGAUCUUGUUCAUUGGCAAGUGACCCCUCACCAAACCUAACUCAAGAAUGAUGAAAACAAUUCACAGGCACUUUCUGCAGUUGGAAUUAAUUCUCCAAGAGUACCAAAAACCUGCAGGCAAAACUUUUCCCAGUCUAAGCCACUGAAAAUAACCAUGGAAGUGCAUUGGGAACCUUAUCCUCAAUGUAAUCACCAUCUAGGAGAUCUGGGUUGAGUUUCUUGGCCCAAGUCCUGUAUCUUGUGUGCCUAGAAUUGAACCCAAGCCUUCACUUUCACCCUUAUUUGUCUGUAUCCUAGUUUCCUUUUGGCUUAGGACCUUUGGCUGGAGUCCAAAUGACAUUCCUAUAUUCUGCUAAUAUUCUCUUCCUAGAGUUUGGACCAUGCUUCACCUAUUGACUAGGAUCUAGCUUUAGCAUAAAUCAACCUUCCUGGAACCACAGCUCUGCCACUCUUCUAUAGAGCCAUGUAUUUCAUUUCCAUCCAAAGACUCACGCUUUCCCAACAAACAGAACCUCCUGCCUAUUUACAAACCAGAUUGUAUGGGCAUUUGACCACUGCAUGGAACUGUUGGUCCCUUUUUUUGCAGGCUAGCCCAUCAAGCAGGUACAUGUUUUAGCCAAGACAUGUACCAAGUUCCAGCUUACUCCUCUCUUCUCUAACAUCCCUACUUGAGGUUCCACCAUGUCUUAUAGCCAAGUAACUAUGCUCUAGGUAAGAAUUUCUGAAAGGUAUUUAGUGAGAGUUGGGAAAGGCAUCUCAUAAUUACUAUGUCUGUAGCAUGUCCUUGCUGCCUUGGACAGAGGAUCUGGCCAAAUAAAUCACCACUGAUAGCCAGACCCUGAAAUAGUUCCUGACUCUAGAAGCCUCAAUGUAGUCACCGUUUAGGAUUACUAUUCAUUGCUAUUGAGCUCUACCUUCAUGGACCAUCUCUGGUGUCCUCCAUCUAAUUGAGGAUCUUAAAAAAUAAUGAAUGGCAAACAACUUCCAAACUAUCUCAUCUGAAAAAUCCUGAGGCACAUACAUGGAAACCAUCUGUGCACAGAACUUGAGAAGUCGGGGUUUUAUCGCUUAUGUUUUAAGAAAGUUUACAAAUUUGUGUUGGGCUGUACUCUUAGCAUACACAAGCUCUGUAUAUAGAUUCCUGAUGCUUCUGAACAAAAGUAGUGUUAUGCUGGAAAGACACAGCUCCCUUACGUGUUAAGACUAUUCAGCAAUGAUUACUGUUUGCUAGUAAUUGACAACCCUCUGCUCCCUGCUUCUUGUUGCUGAUGUAUGCUCCCAAAAUGGAUAUCCUGGAGAAAUAUCAGUAAUCACAUAUUCCCUAGCAACCAUCAAGGCCUCUCAGAACAUAAAAUUGCCAUUGUACUUUGGUUUUGUUUCUGGAGAAUUGUGCUAACUUUGACAAUGCUUAACCUGCUAGAACCUUACUACUCUCAUUCUGUAGCACCAACAAACCAAUCUUUUCACCCAUUAGUGCCUUGCUGGCCAUUGUGCCAAUCUUAUUUGCAUUCACAAAGGGUUUUCUUUAACAGUAGCUUGUUAUACAACCAAAUUACUCCAUAUGCUCCCCCAACAGAGACCUGAGUGAACAUAUUUCAGUUAUGCUAAGAAAUUCUGACUAUAGUACUGGGAUUGUAUGAGAUCCUCUAACAAGUAGAGCUAUUGAAUUUAGAGUGACUCUGAAAUUACCUGGAACUAUGUUGAUCUAUCUCCAUCAAUUCUAUAUAUAAUAAAGGACUAACCUCAUGGCCUCUAGUCACCUUCCUUACCAAACCCAGUAUGGUCUUGGAAUGCUGAGAGGGACAUUCAGUUGUCUUAAUCAACAAUCUUUCCUUAUUUUAGGGCCACAAUUCAUCAUUUUAGGUUCUUUCCCAAAGAUACAUGACUUCAUUUCCUAUUUGGAUAUUCUCUUUGUGGCAAUGUUACCUUCUUUCCCUAGAAAUUUUCAGACUUCAUAGCCUCUCAGAAAAUAUAUCCAAUCCAGGGCUAUGAACUUCAGUUCACUCUCCACUUCUGGGGUCACUUAUUGAAGUAUUCCAAAUCAAAGAUCUCUUGUACACUAUGCAAUACAAUCCUAUAGCCAGACUGAGCUUAUGAAUGAGAUGCUGGAAUAAAUAAUGCUUUACUAUCUACUAGCUAGCAACUAUUUUACCCAUUCCAAAUUUUUGUUAUAGUGACACCAUCCAUUAUAUGUUAUCCUUUUCAACUAGAAUGACUCAUGAUUUAGCAUAAAGAGAGUUACAGGGGUGUGUCCUCAGAAAUUAUAACUAUGUGAAUUUCUAUGAGAGUAAAACUACUUAGAAUCUACAGAGAACAGAUGAAUUAUAAUCUACUCAAAGAUACAGUCAACAACUGCAAUGGCUUGGGGAACCGCCAGGUCCAACCAAGGUUGUAGCUUUAAGGAAGCAGAUAUGCUCCAUACUGAUGCCACUUGGCGAGAUAGAAUCUAAUCAUUUUAUGAUAAGUCUGAAGAAUUUGUUAAGGAGAGAAUAGUAUUCAUGGAGCAUAGAAAGGGAAGAACUUAAAUAAAAAGAACAUUGGUAAUCCCCCUAGAUUCAGAGAUGACUUGUUGACCAGCAGAUUAUUUGGAGUGUCCAUCCCUGCAAUGGCCAUCCCAAUUUGUGUCAGCCAUUAAGAUGGUCACCUAACCCCAUUGCUCUGAUUCAAUGGUCUCAAAGUAAUUUGAUUGUAAUUAGUUUCCCUUAUGAACUUUGUUAUGGAGAGAAAAUUUACUAACCAGCUGACAUGAAUGUUCUAGCCUAUUUCAGAUUUAAUUCUCAUUAUAAUGGAAUAAAUUGGUGUUUGGCUUAUACAUCAGUUUUUGUGGGUUUAAAUAGCAUCUAUCCUGAUUCUAAUCACCUCUGAGUGCACUGAAAAAAAUAAGAUUCUCAUUUUGCAAAGUCAGCACCAUAGUGUGAAUCACAGUAAGUCUAGUGAACAUUGGCCUCCCUGGGAGCUUUUCCCCAACAGUCAGCCAGCUUCCCUUAUCUCCCUCAUUUGUCUAUAGCUGUAAGAAAAUUUCUAAAUACCUACAAUUUUUACCUUCUGCAUUUACCUUCACUUGCAUCCUGCCAUAAGCAAUUGCCUUUUACAAUAUUUCAUAGUUCAGUCUACCUGUCAGAAUAAUCUGGCAUGGAUGAAACAUAACACAUGACUGUAGACAUGAGCCACUGAAAUACACCAUUAGAGAGGGAGAAGUGUACGAUUGGCCUCAUUCUCACCACUUCCAUUCUGUACAGAUGACAAUGCACAAGACCCAUACUGUCACUGUCCUUAGAUUUAUGCAGGAUGAUGCAACAAACAUCAUCCUUUUUUUUGAAUUCUAGAAGAUAAUUUCUAGAAUAAUGUCUAGAAUGAUGAUUCCCACAACUUCUUGCCUAUGACCACAAUAGUCAUCUCUGAAGCAAAAUAAAAAUAAAGAAUUUAAGAUAUGCAGAAUUUCUACCACCAUCUGGGCAAAAUCUAACAUCUAAUGCCCUUAAAAGGGCUCUGGGUACUUGUUUCACAUCUUUAUAACUCUGACACAUUGGUGGCCUGUUUCAUUGCCUCCCUAUGAUGGUCCAAACUUCAUUUGGCCAAGUGAAUGGAAAAACCUUCAAGAGAAUUUAGUGUCAUGGAUCUUCAAUGUCAUCUUGGGGCAAGAGUCACUGACCACAUUUCAAAACCAGGAGUCCCAGAAGUGAGUUACACCAUUUACUAGAGCUAUGAGAACUAUCUUAGUCAACAUAUUUUAGUACCCAGACCACACUGUCCCAUCAUUUACAUCCACUACGGUUUUCAGCAUUCAUACUUAUUGGUAUAACUUCCUGGUAUCAGCUGUGUUUCUUAGGUCUGUUUGGACUUGCUUCCUGCUCACUGAUUUCUAGUAUUAACUCUACAUAGCUCUGGUUCUUUUAUCUAGCCAGCUCAGUGAUAAGUCAGUUGUGACUAUAUUCCAAAAAUCCCACUUGCUUCAUAGUAACGCAGUGAAGGACUACAUAGAAUUUCAGUUUUCUCUCUAUAUAUAAGACUCAUCCCACUCAUAUAAUGUGGCUUUGCAGACAUCUAGGGAAAGGAAACUAAUAGUUGGUGAAUGCCUACUUUAUGCCAGGCACUGUGCUGAAAGCUUUAUUAAUAAUGCCUAUUUAAAUACCAUAUCACUAAAAGAUGGAAUAUCCAUUUCUGGCAUUUAAUGCUCACCACACCUUUAUGAGAUAGGUGUUAUAAAUUCAAUUUAAAGAUGAUGAAACUAAGGUUUAGAGCAGUUAGUUAACCUUCCCAAAUUCAUCAAGCAGUAAGUGGUUAAACUAGAAUUUGAAAGUGUAUCUUCUUGAUGCCAGAGCCUUGUGAUCUCUGGUAGAAACUCUCUAAUUCAUACCCCUCCUGAUUACCAUAACUUACUCAAUUACACAUCCCAUAAGCACUUCAUGAAGAGAGGCUACUCUAGUAACUGGUAUUCACAUAACCACUGAUUGGAACUCUUGUUCUAAACAACAGUCUACAAAGGAAUCAUGAAACAAAUCAACACUUUCCAGGAAUUUGUAAUUUCAUUUGUGUUUCUAAUGAUUUGGGGAAAAUUUCUUGACACCUCUAAAAAUACACUAUGUCGACAUUACUGAUUGGGUAGGCCCUCACUUGUUGAGUCAGGAGUCUAACAAACAUUUCUGACUAACACAAAGGCUUUAUAUUUCAGUAGCUCUUCAUUCAAAGCCAUUGAGUCUUUUUGAAAAAUGAUGUUUAUAGUGGCUGCAGGAAUGCCGGGAGACAACUUCAACAUCUGAUUAUUGUUAUCUGCCAUGGUCAUUGGAAAAUCAAUAUUAAAAUAAGAGUUUGGUUAAUUCAUAUAGCAGUUAGCCAUUUAAAUUUGAGAACUCCCUUCAUGGUGUCAACCUCAGGUAAUAUCUGGUCAAACAAUCUGACUCUGAAGAGAAUUUAUGAAAAGAUAGUUUUGUUCUCUUUGACAUUUGCCAUGAGUUUGGGAACAACUAUCAAAUAUCAUGUUUCCCUUAAUUGCCUAUGAUAAUUCUAUCAUCCAUGAGUUUUUUUUUAAUUAAGUCUACUUGUUUUCAUCCUGUAACAUCUUAUGGGGCAAUAGAGACCACAGGUUUAAUACCUGCCUUUUAAAUCAGACUUCCCCUUACAUGCGUUAACUUCACCGAUGUAUAAUGUAAAGGCAUCCCCCUUUCCAUUCAAUUAUUCCAGGAAAUGAAGAAGUCUGUGUUGAUGCUGUCACCUUAUACAUGAUUUUAGAGGCUUGAAAUAAUAAGUUACUGAAAUCGUGUUGUAUGCCAACUGUAAGAGUGGUGGAUUUAUGUGCAUAUUUCCCAUUAUAGCUUCAUGAGAAGGCACUAUCAAUAUUCUCAUUUUAUGGGUGAAAACAAGUAAACUCAGAGUUUAAGUAACAUGUCCAAGGUCGCUAGCUAGUAGAUCAUAGAGCCAGGAUUAAUAUUUGGGUCUCUCUGACAGAAAAAGCCAUGUUCUUUACUACUAUACUACCUGUCCUUCCGAGAUUUGUGUCCUAGGCUAAAAUGUCCUCAUCUUUUUAGUGGAUGCUUGUGUGUUCACCUACUUAGACCAGUAAUUAUCCAGCAUGCCCUUUCCAAACUUUCACCAGCUCUGCUGUCUUUAGCAGAGGACAAUCAUCACAAAUGUACCCAGCAUUCCAGGUCUGAGCACUAAAAAAAUUUGAAUAAAAUACAAUUUUCUUAUUUAUUACUAAUGGUUCCUAAAAACGAUUCCAAAAACUUCUUGGCCUUUCUGGAUAUUGUCAGCACCUUGAGGAAAAAAGUCAUUGUAGAUUCUUCCCUAAAGGCCACAAGUCUCUUCCCUGAGUUGAAGCUGAUGGCACUAAGCCCAUUACUUUAAAAAUGUAGUUAGAAUAUGAUGUAAUAAAUGGAUGUUUUUAAACUGACGUUGAAGUUUUUUCUUCUUAGUGCUCUCACAAGUUUUUCCUAUAGUUUCCCCCCACUGGCUUCCUUAAUAAUAAUUAUAAUAAUAAGUAACAACUACUAUUUAUUGAUCAUUCAUUACAUGUUGGGCAUUGUGUUCUUUGAUUUAUGUUCAUUUUCUCUUUAAAUUCUCACUACCUUCUUAGAUAGAUGUUAUUAUUAUUCAUAUUAAGCAGAUGAGAAAGUUGAGCCUUAGAAUAAUUAAGGACAUUGCCCAUGGACACAGAGCUAGUAAUAGAAGGAGAACUCAAAUGCACCUACAUCUAUCACGAGACCAUACUCCUACAUAGUACAUUAGUAUCUAUCUACAACAGGAGUCCACAAACUAUCAUCUACGGGCAAAAUCUAGCCUACGGCCUGUUUUUAUAAAUAAAAUUUUAUUGGAACACAGCCAUACCCAUUUGUUUAUAUAUUGUCUAUGGCCGCUUUCAUAUUAUGACAUUAUAUGGCCCACAAAGCCAAAUAUAUAUAUUGGCUACCUGGUUCUUUACAACUUUCCUGACCUUGAAUCUAUAAUAUGUAGGGAAUCCAUGAACCCCACAUCACCUGUGGGUACCCCAAGUUUGGUGGCAACAAAGGAAUGAGAAAAAGACAGAUUAAGAGAAAAAGUGAUACCAGGGGGCCAUCACUUUAUUACUCGAGAGGAAGCAGUGAAGGCCCCAAGCUCUGAUCAUCCACUCUAUUUAUUGGUUAUGAUCACUCUGAUUUACAGGAUAGGGGUGGAGUAAUGGUGGGGAGAGGGUGAUGGUGGAGUGAAUCAGUGAGCCAGAACUGGUGUGUCAUUCUAAGGAUUGAUAACAGUGGCGUUUUGGGAGUUUCACAAGACAAAAACAUAUGGUUAUCUUUAGCUUAUUAUCUAUGUACAGCUGAUGGAACAUGAGCCUUACAAGGAGCCUACAAGUCUGGCUAUGUCAGUUUUACGUUCUUGAGCACAAUGUUUAUGGUAACAGAGCAAGGUCACCCUGCACUGGAACAUUGGGUAUGAAGAGGCCUUCCUACUCAGAGGCCUCCUGCAGCCUUCUGCAGUUUGUGGUUCCUUGUUUAUAUGUUACUCAUAACAAAUUUAUGUAGGCACUUGGUAAGUCCUUUCUCUUUUACAGUGUUUUCCAACAUAAUAUAAUAAAGUAUUAAAUCAGACCCUGGGACAACUGACUGUCUAGAUUUCUUGUUUCAAAUGGCCCAUUUGUCUCUAGUUUUUGUUUCCUGCUUCUAAAUUAGUUCCAUAUGAUGAAUUGAUGGGAUUAAAUAGUCUUGGUUUAGAGACUUAUCUAGAACAUUUUUCAUAGACUAAAUAAAUGUUUCUCUGGUGCUCUUUAGCAAUACCCAUGCUUUCUGUACGAAGCAACUCUAAUAGAUUGGCCAGGUAUGGUUGUGGGAGACAUUUACUGUUUGCCUCCUCGCCAAGUCUUCUACUUUUGGCAAUGGUUUCUAAUUUUCAUGUGGAAAUAUAACUUUUUCCCACUUUAGUCCACCUUCCUGGGUGAUAUUCCACCUCCAACCCUGGUUCCCAGGCCUAAGUAAAUCAUCAUAUGGGUUUUCCCUGGCCACUGUGACUAUUCCAAGAGUAAAAUGAAUUUUAUGACUUUUUGGGAGAGGGCUCUGAUUUUUUAUUUAUUGGAAUGGGAUAUAGAAAUAGUAGCUCUGAUUGCCAAUGACAGUCAUCUUUUGAUUAGGAGAAGAGACCCCAUUUGAUUAGAAUGGAGAUAUCCUGAGAAAGUAGAACUGGGCUGGGUACGGUGGCUCAAGCCUGUAAUCCCAGCACUUUGGGAGGCCGAGGCGGGUGGAUCAUGAGGUCAAGAGAUCAAGACUAUCCUGGUAAACUUGGUGAAACCCCGUCUCUACUAAAAAUACAAAAAAUUAGCUGGGCAUGGUGGCGCAUGCCUGUAAUCCCAGCUACUCAGGAGGCUGAGGAAGGAGAAUUGCCUGAACCCAGGAGGCGGAGGUUGUGGUGAGCCAAGAUUGCGCCAUUGCACUCCAGCCUGGGUAACAAGAGCGAAACUCUGUCUCAAAAAAAAAAAAAAAAAAAAAGUAGAACUGAUGAGUAGGAAAGAAGAAAUCAAAUCCUGAUGAUGGUUUCAUGAAUCAUUGAAUCCAGGUGGACCUGAAGGUGUUUAGCCAUGUGCACUAAGAAAAUUUUUUUAUAAAAGCAAUCUUUGUAGGGUUUUCUCUCUUUUGCAACCAGAGUCUGAUACAAUGGCUUUCCCUGUUGAAACUACACUUUUUUUAGCCCAAUUGCUUGUAACAACUUGAGUAGUAAGAGCAAAAGGUUGUUAAUUGCCUAGAAACAGCAACAAAGUUCCCUCAUUGUUGUACUUGUAUUAGGCAAAAACCAUCAGUAUUAUGCACUCUGCCACACUUUUAAUCUUUUAAUACAGAAAUUCCCAGCUUUACUACCAGGAGAAGAUUUUCAUAGUCUUCUGGAUUUAUGAGUUUUUGUUUGACCCACCAGGGAGAUACAGGCUGAUCCUCUAUAAGCCAAUCACCCUCCAAAAGGAUUACAAGCUUCUGCCCCAAAGUCCUGUCAUUACUUAAUAAACAAAUAUAAGAUGGCUGCAUAGGGUUUGUGGGGCAAGUUGUGGCCCAGAACUUUUCUCAUGAUCAACACCUGAACCUUUGCCAAGUACAUAGCAAGAUAGCAAAAUAUAGUGGUUAACAGUGGGGAACUCUGCAGUCAGAAUGCUUUCAUUCAAAUGUUGGCUCUACCUCUCACUUGCCACAUAGCAAUUUGCCAUUCCUUUAACCUGCCUGUUCCUCAGUUCCUAUUCUGUAUAGUGCUGCUAUGAAGACUAAAUGAAUUAACAUUUUUGCUAACUUAAAAUAGUGCCUGGCACACAAUAAGCAUAAAGUAUUUGUUAUAUUAAAAAAUUAAUAAAAGGCAUGCAAAAGUUCUAUAGACAUUUCAAAGAUACAUGCAAAGGUUCUGUCAAAAUAUACAUGGUCACACACCAUAUAACAUAUGAUGGAAAUACUAAUACAGAUACCUUUGAAUAAGAAAUGAUGUUUAACUUGAUACUCAGAAUAGGAUAUUGUUGUCAAACUCUCAGUCCUAUUACAUGGACUCUUACCUCUUGGGACUAUUGUAGACAUGAUCUUACUUGGAGACUACAUAUGGAUAGAAGUCAAUAUGAACAUAUAAGCCUCUCCCUUUCUCAACCAGUGAUGCAUUUUCACUUUUCUCCCUUUGUUGGGGUCACCACCUGUGGGGGUCUGUCCUGCAGACCCUGACUCAGUGACAGAUGAGUAAAAUUCACUGACACACAGAUAUUAUGCAUUGCCAGUUUGACUGAGUGUACAGGCAGCUUAAGGACUCCCUGGAGAGUGCUAUUAAACAGUUGCAACCACUGGCCCCCACACACUGAUCUCGCUGGCCUUUUUUCAGCACACAUUAAAUGACAAAAACUCUGGGGCAAUACCACUAGUGGUUGAAGAUUAAAGGACAGGUUCCGAUGCCCAAAGCAAACACCAUUAGUGGGUAAUAUCCCUGGUUGACCUCCCCCUACCCAAGAGGGCCAUCUGGCUCAAAAAUUAAUUUUAAGACCACAAGAGUAAACAAGUUAUUCAGAUAAACUCCACCACAUACCCUAGUUAUUUUCUUUCCUUAUUAACUAAAUGUAAAGGGGAUUUAGGCUGCCUUCUGCCUAAACUUCUACUAAAACUAUGCAAACUUCUUGGCCUUCCAAGAAGGCUUGUGACUAUAUUCUAUAACUUUCUCUAAUAUUUUUCCCUUAAUAUUUUUUGCCACCACCCUAAGUGAAUCUCCACAUCCCUUUGCCCCAAAAGUCAUGAAUCUCAAUUUCACAGAUGUGUUUUUGUUUCAUUUUAGCAGCUAGGAAGGACUAGGUUGAAGAUUCUUAAAUUUCUUCUGAUGUCACCCAUCUUUCUGCAUUCGCUUAAGCCCAUGACAAUCCCAAUUCAAAUAAUCUUUGAACACUUACAUAACCCUGUGCCUAGCACUAUGCCACAAAAUAAAAGAAAUGCAAAGGAGUGAAAGCUAAGGUAUUUAGACUUGAAAAUCUUACAAUAUGAUUGAGAAGACAAGAAGGAAACAAAAAAAACAAUGCAAGGAAAUGACUGGUUUUGUUUCUAAACUUUCAAUACUGAUCACAGAUAGAAGAGAUUUAAAGAAAUCUAUCCUAAUGCCACAAUUCCUUCAACAUUUAAGCUGGUUAUACAAUUUGUGGGAACCAAUACAAAGUGAAGAUAUGGAGCCUCUAGUUUAAAAAGCAGGGGUAGAAAAGUGUUAUUACAGGUACUACACAAUUUGUUUCUUAUGUAUUCUCACUCUUACCCUAUAAUAGUAAGAGAUUUUUUAAAAUAAAAAAAACAAAUUCAAACAUACAUAAAGCCUGAAAGAAAGUGUGGUGGUAUACAUUUGUAUUAGUUUCCUGGAGCUGUUCCAACGAAUUACUACAAACUUGGUGGCUUACAAGAACAGAAAUUUGUUUUUGCACAGUUCUGGAGGCCAGAAGUCUGAGAUUAAAGUGGUGGUAGAGCAAGCUCCCUAUAAAAGAAAUAUCUUUCUUUUCCUCUUCCAGCUUCUGAUGACUCCUGCAUUUCUUGGAUUGUGGCAGUAAAAUUCUAUUCUCAGCUUCUGUCUCUACAUGGCCUUAUGCCUUUGCCUCUGUGUCCCCUACUUUCUCUUCUAAGGAAAGCUGCAUUGGAUUAAGCCACCCUAAAUCCAGUAUAAUAUCAUCUUGAGAUCCUUACUUUAAUUAUAUCUACAAAGACUGUACUGUACAAAUAAGUUGACAUUCACAGAUACUAGGAAUUAAGACUCAGAAAUAUCUUUGGGGGUAGGUGGCAGGGGGAAGUAUUUGACCCACUACAACCCUUUAACUAGUCUCACCAAUUUUUAAUAUUUUGCAAGAUUUUUUUUCUUUCUCUGUCUCUACCAUUCUCUCUCUCUCUCCCUCUCAAUUUUGAUUUCCUUUUCAUUCCUGAAAGAUAAUUUUACUGGAUAUGGGACUUAUUGCAAAUUCUGAAAAUUACAAAUAUUGUGGCACUUCCACUCUAAAUAUUUCAACAGGCAUCUCUAAAAAUGAGGAAUUUUUCUACAUAACAUUUGGGAAAUUUAACAUUAAUAUAAUAGUAUCAUCUGUCAUUCACUUCAUAUUUUAUUCUUCCAUUCCCCUAAAAUUGUCUUUAAUAAUUUUGUUUGUGAUUCAGGAUUCAAUUGAAGUCCACCUAGUGCAUUUGCAUUGUGAAGUCUCUUUAGUUUCCUUUACUAUUGAUUAGUCUCUUGCUAUUUUCGUUGCUAAUUUGAUGUUCAUGACAUUAAUAGUUUCCAAAAGCACAGGUACAUUCUAUAAUGUAUAAUAUUCUAUGUUCUGGUCUUUUCUGAUAGUUUCUCCAUGAUUAUAUACAAGUUAAACAUUUUGAAAAAGGCCACUACAUAGGCAAUGCCCAGAGUGUUGGUAUGUCCCUAUAUUGCUGAUUCUGGGAUUGAUCCCAUGGUUAAGUUACAAAUCUAUCAGAUCGCUACACUGUAAAUGUAUCUUUUUUCUUUGACAGUAAAAAUUAAAUAUGGGAUGAUACCCUGAGGCUUUUUGACUAUCUAUCUUAACAACUCUUUACCCAAUGGUUUUAACCUCCAGUAAUGAUCUAUGCUUACCCUUGCUAUUACACUGGGAUGAUGUAAAAUGGUAACUUACUAAUUCUAACAUUCUUUCUACAUUUAUUAGCUAACAUUCUUCCAUAAAGAAGAAGCGCUUCCUCUUUUUCUCUCUCUUUCUUUACUAUGAUUGUGGAAUUAAUAAUUAUUUUGCUAUCCAAUGUAAUAUUUAUUUAUUUUCCUUCCUGGCAUUCCAAGAUAUUCUUUUAUCAUUUUCUUUCUGUUUCAAGAACUUCUUGAAACAGAAAAGUUCUAUUACGGUGGGUCUAUUCACAACAAGUUUUCUUCACUUGUCUUAAUCUAAGAAUUUCAAUUGCCCUUUAAUUCCUGAAAGAUAAUUUUGCAGAUAUGGGACUUAGGGUUGAUAGCUCCUUAUUAUUAUUAUUCAAUAGGUCUUAUGCCACUUCCCUCUGGCCCCGUGAUUUCUGAUGAAAAAUCUGCUGUCAUUUUAUUUACUUCCCCACUCUAGGUAAAUUGCUGUUUGUUUCUUACUGCUUUCAAUAUUUUUUCUGUCUUUUAUUUUCAGAAAUAUGACUACAAUAUCUCUUGGAGUGAAUCCCUUUGGGCUUAUCCUGUUUGGAAUUGCUAAACUUCUUGAAUAUGUACUCUAAUGUCCUUGCCAAAAUUAGAAUUUCAGUCAUUAUUUCCUUGAAUAUAUUUUCAGCUCUGCCUUUUUCCACUCUCUGAGACUCCAGUAACAUGAAUAUUAGAUCUUUUGUUUUAGUGCCACAAGUCGCUGAGGCUCUGUUCAGUUUUUAAAUUCUAUUUUCUCUCUGUUGUUCAGGUUAGGUAAUUACUGUUGUUCUAUCUUCCAGUUCAUUGAUUAUUCCCGCUGUCCCCUCCAUUCUGCUAUUGAACCCAUCCAUUGAAUUUUUUUAAAAAAAUAUUUGGGUUAUAAUAUUUUUUAAUUCAAAAAUUCCCAUUUCGUUAUCCUUUAAAUUUUCUAUUUGUUUGCUUAGGCUUUCUUCACUAUUUCUGAUUUUUUUUCAUUUUUAUGUUUAUAAUUGCUUAUUAGUAUGUUUUUAUGAUGGCUAUUUUAAAAUACUUGUCAGAUAAUUCUAACACAUCCAUAAUCUUGUUAUUGCUAACCUGUCCUCUCAUUCAAUUUGAGAUUUUCCAGUUUCUUGGCAUAAGGGGUAAUUUUUUUAUUUUUACUAUAUUCUGGACAUUUCGGGUAUUAUAUUAGGCAACGUGGGGUUUAUUUAAGCCUUCUGUUUUAGCAGAUCUCCUCUGAUGCUGCAACUGUAGACAGCAGGGGUACUUUUAUGUUACUGUACGAUGGGGUAAAAGUUCAGGUUUCCCCUUGGCUCCUCUGAUACCCUAUGGGGGAAGGGUGCCUCAUUACUGCUGGGCAUGAGUGGGUGUUUGGACUCGCCACUAAACUUCCACUGCUACUACCCUGGCUGAGGAAGGGAGGAAUGCCUUGUACUCUUCCUACAUGGCCUUCACUGAUACUAAGAGGUGAGGGACAAACUUCAUAACCACCGAGCAAUGGUGAAAUUCCUGGCUUGCCGCUUGGCCAUCUCUGACACCACCUCACUGGGAAGGAAGGAAGGAAGGAAGAUUGUCUUAUUAUCACUGGAUUGAAGUGGAAGUUGAGGCUUCCCAAGGAGGCUCAUUACCUUAUUUGGCCCUCUCUGACACCAUCCCAGCAGGUUGGUGAUUAGGUAUCUGGUGAGGGUAGAAGUAAAUACUGCCCAUUACAACUUUGCUGGCAUGGAAGAAUGGGACCACAGUUAUGUCCUAUGGUGCCUGGCUGGAGUAGAGCAUUAAUUGUCUUAAAGUUUUCUGUCUUGCUAGGCUUCUCCUUUUUGAGUCCUUUGGCUAUAAAGAGCAGGGGGUUUUUUGUUUGAACUUUUUGUGUCUGUGCCUAUUGACAUUUCUGGGUUAUUGUUUCCAAGUUGGCAGUCUCUAGCACCUAAUCCAGCAUAUAUAAGGCAAAAAGGAAAACCAGAGAACUCACUGCCACAUAUUUUCCUCAGGGCCUGAGAUCCCUAAUUGGUCUGCAUUGUUCUUUUACCUUUCAGAGUCAUAAAAAAAUAUAUAAAAAUAUAAUGUACAGAGUAGUUAGCUGACCUUAUUGGGAAGAAUAGGGAAAAAUGCAUCUACUCCACCUUUAUUCAGAACUGAAGUCCACUGUCCUGGUAUUUUUUUUUCUGUUCUAUUUAAUGUCAUGCAUUAUUGGGCAUGGGAAUAAAUGUCAGGUGAAUGGAAACCUUCUCACAAAUGCUUGGGAGCCCAAUCCCAUGAGGUUUCUCCUCCCCCCUAUCGCCCGACUGACAUGCUGUGCUCUAUCUGGGGCAGAAAAGUCUAACUCCUCUUCCCACAAUCCUGCCACCCCAACCCACAAUGAAUGGGUAAUCUAAAGGGAUUGCAAACUUCCAUAGUGGGACAUACUUAGCACCUGGAUUGAGGAAGGUAAGAGGUUUACUACCACCAAAUCACCUGCCAAAUGUGCCCUGAAGCUGCCACAUCAGAGUGGCAUUCCCUUCUCUGGGACACUGUGGAACACAUGCCCCUGUCUCUGACUCUAUGCAUGUCUGUGCCAGACCCACAUUGGGGAUGGAGGAAGACAGUAGUCAUUGAGCAGGGGUGUGGAAGGAAAGGCCAGGUGGGUCCUGGGGCACUAGAAAGCCGAGGAACCCUUUCCAGGGAGGUGGAGAGGUGACAGGAGAUGAAAGCACAUGUAAACCAAGGCUGUAAGCCACCAGCACAUGCUUCAUUGUCCCAUCAGGCAUCUCUUCGAAAACACAAGCUCAAAAGCAAAAUUAAGAGGGUGGGGAGGGACAACAUGGGGUAAAUGCCAGAUAUGGUAUGCACCGAAAGUAAAAUAAACAAACAAAUAAAUAAAUACAAGAAUUUCAAGACAACAACUGCAGAGCAUUAAACACCAAACAUGAGACCCUUCUGAGUGUGGUGCUCUGUGAGAUUGCAUUGGUUGCAUGCUCAUGAAGCCAAUCUUAUUUAUAACCCAUCCAGUGGAUAUUUGUUCUCAAGGAAACAUCUAGCAAAAGUAUGUUUUCAGCUUCAUCCAGUGGCUUUCUUUCACCUUAAUUCUAUAAUACUGUUUUCCUUCACAGACCUUUUUGAUACAUGAAGUUAGGAAACUAAGCAGAAGCCACUAGAAAUAUCAGCAUAUAUCAAGAUUUUUCUGUCUUCUCCUAAAGUUCAUCUUAGUUUUGUUUAAUUGCUGUGUAUUAAUUGUCUUAAAAACGCUGAUAUCCAUUAAAGCAUCUCACUAUGUUUUAUAACAAGAGAAAAUGAGAUGGUGGCCAAGGAAAAGCCCUGUCCCCCAGAAUGCCUUUUUUCCACUUCCAGAAUUCAAAUUAGCAUGUAAUUACUUAUUUUGAAUCCAGUGACCUCUAGGUAAAUGUGAAUGCCCAUGGUAGAGGCCCACAUUAAGCUUUGACAUUUAUUUAAGUGAGCAUGACUAUAAUGUGCAUGCAAACAUUUCUUAAGAAAAUAGAUGUUAUAUCAAGUGUUCCUACCACAAAAACCAAAAGUACAUAGGAAAUUUUAGAGGUUAUGGAUAUGUCUAUUACCAUAAUUUUAGUAAUGAUUUCACAGUUAUGUGCAUAUAUUCA